UGUCAAUAGUUAUCGAGGGUGGAAUAGGAAUAUUUGAUAUUGUUGGAUUCGAUCAAUCCUUAAUAGUUAUCAAACAAGUUCUACAUGAUGUGUAUGGUUUAUGCCAAGAUGGAAUGAUAAUACGAGCUACGGCACAUGGACGAUCGACUACCGCCUUGGAUAUAGAAAUGGCCCCCUACCCUUUGAGAGCAAAGAAUCUGCAAGAGCUGAUACGUGUUGUUAACGAAGUAGGCUUUAUAAAGGAAUUUGGUUUUACUGUAGGGAUACUCAAGGACUCACUUGUCAUGAGAUAUCUAGAUACUGGGAGACCUCUACCGCGAUUAAUUGAAUCAAGUUGCUUCGGAUGCAAGAACGAUAUGGUGUGGUGUUUGCUACCAGACAUUUCACUGUGUCUCCUGAAGGCACAAUGUAUCGGGCAAACGGUCACGUAUCCUAGAUUUGCAAACGACACUGAUUUAGUACGUGUGAGUUUCCUUUUUGAAAGUGAUGUUAAUGACGUCGUCAUAAACCACGAAUUUAUUAAGGACAUAAGAGGGCAAUUUGUUCGUCAACUUAAUUGUUCGUUAGAGCACCUGGACAAUAUAAAAAUGGUUUAUUCAGAUUUCCACGUAUAUGAGAUAAGACUGGACGUUUUUAAACAGACAGGGAUGGAACCAGAGCAAGAAUUUGAUACCAGAGAAGCUAUAACCGAUCUCGAAAAUCUUGUGUAUCGACUACAUGUAUUAGCUGACACUGGAAAACUCAGCAUUAUUACCGAAAACGUAAACAUGACGUCCAUGAUUCAAAGCGUGGUGUACAGACAAUUAAUCUCUGGCUAUAUGAAAUCAGACAGAAAAACAAAACAGAUUGUAGGCGACCGAUUUGUCCUUUCAAGUCUUUUGCCAUUAGGAGUAGUACUGUUCAUUUUAGUUUGGUUAGUUGCCGUGGCAAAAGUUCAUCAGCGUUACAGAAAAACGUUGAAAAGAAUGUGACUGCAAAUUUGAAGUUUUUUUUUUAUAAAGUUUACAUUCAACUUUGUUGAUACGUAGAGGUUUUUUAUAGGGAAAAGAACGUUGGAAUGACUGUGAACGUAAAUCUAAAAAAAUAUUUCAUAAAGUUUACAUUUAACUUACAUGUGUUUUAUAGAGAAACGUUGAAAAAAUGUGAACGCAAAUCUAAAGAAAAUAUUUUAUGAAGUUUACAUUAAACUUCAUUGAUACUUAGAUGUGUU